UAGGGAGGGCAGGACACCCGCGCGCAGGCGCAGUGAACGCGGCUGCGGCCAGCUCGGGGCGGCGAGAGGGGCGCCCGCGCGCGCCUCGGGCCCGAAAGGAGAGACCGCGGGCUGGGCUGGGCAUCAGGAUUUUGGAUCAGGCUCAGUAACCCCACAGUUCAGCAAAUAUAUAUGAAACUCCAAUAAACAGUGACCACCGCCAGACUGAUGUCAUUACUGUUGGUCUUCUCUGUUACCCAAGAAGAGAAUAUACAAGGUCAGCUCUCACACUGCUGCACUGGGCAACACAGUAUGGGGAGGAGUAUUCUAGAAAUCAUGACAACCUCAGGAAAAGAUAACUUCCGAUUGAAGAGCUACAAGAACAAGUCUUUAAAUCCUGAUGAAAUGCGUCGUAGGCGAGAGGAAGAGGGCCUUCAGCUGCGGAAGCAGAAAAGGGAGGAACAGUUAUUUAAGCGCAGAAAUGUUGCUACAGCUGAGGAAGAAGCAGAGGAGGAAGUGAUGUCAGAUGGAGGUUUUCAUGAAGCUCAGCUGAACAACAUGGAGAUGACUUCUAGUGCUGUCAUCACCUCUGAUAUGAUUGAGAUGAUUUUCUCCAAUAGCCCAGAGCAGCAGCUUUCAGCCACUCAGAAAUUCCGGAAGCUACUUUCAAAAGAGCCUAAUCCACCAAUAGAUGAAGUGAUCAGCACACCAGGAGUGGUGGCCAGGUUUGUGGAGUUCCUCAAACGAAAAGAAAAUUGUACAUUACAGUUUGAAGCUGCUUGGGUGCUGACAAACAUUGCCUCUGGAAAUUCCCUUCAAACUCGGAUUGUGAUUCAAGCAGGAGCUGUCCCUAUCUUCAUAGAGCUUCUCAGCUCAGAGUUUGAAGAUGUACAGGAGCAGGCAGUAUGGGCACUUGGCAAUAUUGCUGGAGACAGUACCAUGUGCAGAGACUACGUGUUGGACUGCAACAUCCUACCCACUCUAUUGCAGGAAGGAGGAGAACCCAGGAAGCUACAGCCACACCUCAGUCUCUGGAAAAAUCAUGGAGCAGAUCCUCAAAGAAACCGUUUUGAAGUACUUGGAGGAGAGGAAGGUGAUCAGGAACAGUCAACAUGGAUUCACCACAGAUUACUUUCAAAACAGAAUCGUCUCACCAUGACCCGAAAUGCUGUGUGGGCUCUAUCAAACCUCUGCAGAGGGAAGAAUCCUCCUCCAGAUUUUGCCAAGGUUGCACCUUGUCUGAGUGUGCUGUCCUGGUUGCUCUUUGUCAAUGACACAGAUGUGCUAGCUGAUGCCUGCUGGGCCCUGUCAUAUUUGUCUGAUGGACCUAAUGAUAAAAUCCAAGCUGUGAUUGAUGCAGGAGUGUGCAGAAGACUUGUUGAGCUGCUGAUGCACUGUGACUACAAAGUGGUAUCUCCUGCCUUACGAGCAGUUGGGAACAUUGUGACAGGGGAUGAUAUCCAGACACAGGUAAUUCUGAAUUGCUCAGCUCUGCAGAGUUUAUUGCACUUGCUGAGCAGCCCUAAGGAGUCUAUCAAAAAGGAGGCAUGUUGGACAAUAUCCAACAUUACAGCUGGAAACAGAGCCCAGAUCCAGACUGUCAUAGAUGCCCACAUUUUCCCAGCCCUCAUAAAUAUUUUACAAACUGCUGAAUUUCGGACAAGGAAAGAAGCUGCUUGGGCAAUAACAAAUGCAACAUCUGGUGGCUCUGCUGAGCAGAUCAAAUACUUAGUAGAACUGGGAUGUAUCAAACCGCUUUGUGACCUCCUUACAGUAAUGGACUCAAAGAUUGUGCAGGUGGCACUGAAUGGGCUGGAGAAUAUCCUGAGACUUGGAGAGCAGGAAGCCAAGCGCAGUGGCACUGGCAUUAAUCCCUACUGCGCUCUUAUUGAAGAAGCAUACGGCCUGGAUAAGAUUGAAUUCUUGCAGAGCCAUGAGAACCAGGAUAUCUAUCAGAAGGCCUUUGAUCUGAUUGAGCACUACUUUGGGUCAGAGGACGAGGACAGCAGUAUUGCCCCACAAGUGGAUCUCAGCCAGCAACAGUACAUCUUCCAGCAGUGUGAGGCUCCCAUGGAGGGUUUCCAGCUCUGAGGUGCCCCAUCCUAUCUGUUCCUCCACCCAGACAGUCCUCAUGUAAAGCCUUGAGUCACCGUUGGAGUGAUUUCAAUGUUUUCCAUAACCCCUUACUGUCCCCAUCUACCUGAGUUCCCUUCCCAUAUUCUUCCCUGGGUGCCUCCUUGGAUGCCUUUGUGAGGUGUGUUCAGUCCUGGCACAAAAUGUAUCAGAUUGAUUACUUUGCUUAAUGUGCCAGCCUGGGCCAUUGGUAUAUGGAACACUUCACAGAUAUUGGAGUAAACUCUCUGUCCCCUGCAACUACAGCCUCCAGUGGACAUGCUUUCUAGUUACUAGGUACAUUGAACACAACUGAACCUGUCCCAUUACAAAACAGCUCCCAAAUUGGUCUUUACAGGCCACUUUGGAGAUCUGGACUCUAUCAUUCUUUCCUUUCAACCCGAAAAGGACUUGUGAGUAGGUCAGUCUUAUCACCUCCCUAAAAGCGACUUUUGUAACUGGCUUCUAAAAUGGAGAAACUACCACACUGCCCAGUCCCUAAUACAAUGUGGCCUCUGUUAAAGUUGAACCCUUCCUCACUUCAUUCUCCUGACUCUGGUCCUCACUAGCUUAGUGACAGAUGAUAUAUCUCUACCCACUCAUCCACCCUUUACAUUAUUCUAUGCAGCUUAACUUGAACUGGUUUCUGUUCCGUAAAUUACCAUUUGAUGUAAAAUCUUAGUGUGCUAAACUGUCAGCGUGAGGAGGACUCUGUAGUGAUAGCUCUCCUUACUACUUUCAGUCUCAUGAAGUAGAGCUUCCUGUUUAAUGCCCCUACCAGCCAACUGAUAAAAUAGAAACAUCCUGAUCAGGGUCUGUUUAACAAGUAUACUGUGAUACUACUUCCCAUCUUUCCAUUUUCCCCUCACUACUCUCACGGCCCCAGAUGAAUUAGCAUGGAAUAAAUGGUUCCUAUAGGCCACAUUUGUAAGGCAUUGCUGAGGGCCUGACAGCUAUAAUUUACACCUAUAGUCAGCCCUUCUGCUAGCAGCAUGUUUUUGACUCCGCAGCCUGUUUGGAUCGCAAGCAUCUAAUGCAAAGGUGGCAAUUCAAUUUCUGAAUGUAAUGGAUUCUUUGGGCUACCUACUCCUUCCUGCAUUGGGCUACAUUCUCUCAAGCCAUUUGGGACCUUUGGAAUACACAUUUUCCCUAGGGUAAAUGUUUCCAAAGUUGCUCCUACUGCAGUGUCAUGCAGCUGUGGUAAAUCCUACUGGCAGAACUGUCUACAAGAUCCUUCUUAUGGCUUCAUUCAAUGACAAGCCCCUGCAAGAGCUUCAACCACUCACAGGAUACUGGUUUAAAAAAAGCAUUUAUCAAACUGCUGAAAGGCCUAAGCAUCAGCUCUGUGUGACCCCUUCUUUAAACAUAGUCUUCAUUUGAGCCUGUGCUUUAGGAUGGAAACUGACCUGUGUGGGCAUUGAAGAAAGCCACCUGUUGCCUCCCUUUCUAAUCCAGUCAGUCUCCACUUUCCCUGUUACUUUCUCUAGUGCUGCUUUGUACUCAAGGAACAUUUAGUUUACUGCACUUGACCUGUAAAUUGACUUCAAUUCUUUGUAAUUUUAGAGGUUAAAUUAGGUGAUUAAUUUAAAAACAAAACAAAAAACCCCUGUGUUGCAUUUACAUCAUAUGAUAAAUUACUGUUUCUCUUUCUUGAAGGGUAACUUGAACUGUUUCUCUUUCUAGAAGCACUGAUUAGUAGCAAAAUCUUGUUUUGUCAUUUGGAUUUUUUGUGCUAGAUUUUAAGUGUAAAUUACCAAUAACAUCAUCUCUAUAGAAUUUGUUUAAAAUCAUGUACUUUUUUUGGAUGGUAUGAAAAUGCUACAUAUUUUGUAAACAAAUCUAGGCAAAGUGUGUGUGUGUGUGUAUAUAUAUAUAUAUUGUGUAUAUAUAGAUGUAUUAUUCUGUAUGUAUAUACACACACACACACACAGUGUGUUUUCUCCCCCAGGCUAAUGAAAACAAUGUGGUGCAUUGUUGUAUAUCCUCGCCCUCCCCCCCACCACCACCCUAAGGAAAUAAUUACAGUUGCCUCUAAAUAAGUGAAUUAAAACAAAGUCCAUUUAAA